UCCAUGCCAUGCAACUAUGCACAGCGUACCGGAAUCGUAUAGCAAAAGGCACCAGGCCAGUUCAUUUCACGAACGCGGGCAGCUGAAAUGGCCUCGUUGCCACGUUCCUUAGCGCCCGUGCUCUUCUUUGCCGUCCUAUCCUUGUACGCAUCCGUCCCAUCCGCAGCUUCCUCCGAUGGCUUCCUCGACUGCCUGUCCGCAGCCAUACCCAAGCAGCUCUUGUACACGCAGAGCUCUCCUUCCUUCACGUCGGUCCUGGUGUCCUCCAUCCGGAACCCCAAAUUCUCGACUCCCGGAACCGUGAGGCCCCUCUGCAUCGUCACCCCGACGAAUGCCUCCCACGUCCAGGCCACCGUCGUCUGCGGCCGCCGGCACGAUGUGCGCAUCCGCGUGCGCAGCGGCGGGCAUGACUACGAGGGCCUCUCGUACCGGUCCGAGCGCCCCGAGGUGUUCGCCGUGGUCGACAUGGCGGACUUCCGCUCCGUGCGCGUCGACAAAGCAGCGGCCACGGCGUGGGUGGACUCCGGCGCCACCAUAGGGGAGCUGUACUACGCCAUCGGGAAAGCCAGCAAGCAGCUGGCGUUCUCUGCCGGCCUGUGCCCGACGAUCGGCGUCGGCGGCCAUUUCAGCGGCGGCGGCUUCGGCAUGCUGCUGCGCAAGUACGGAGCCGCCAUCGACAGCGUCCUGGACGCCACGCUUGUCGAUGCCAACGGGAGACUCCUCGACAGGGACUCCAUGGGGAGCGACCUCUUCUGGGCCAUCCGCGGAGGCGGCAGCCUCAGCUUCGGCAUCGUGCUGUCGUGGAAGGUGAAGCUCGUGCCAGUCCCGGCCACGGUGACCAUGUUCAGCGUCCCCAAGCCCGUGGACCAGGGCGCCGUGGACAUCCUCACUAGAUGGCAAGACGUCGCCCCGGCUCUCCCCGAAGAUCUAUUCAUAAGGGUGCUCGUCCAGAAAGAGGUCGCCAACUUCCAGUCCAUGUUCCUGGGCACCUGCGACGCGCUCCUGCCGUUGAUGCGCAGCCGCUUCCCGGAGCUCGGCAUGAACCGGUCGCACUGCAAGGAGAUGACAUGGAUCCAGUCCGUGCCUUACAUCUACCUGGGCAGCAGCGCCACCGUGGAGGACAUCCUGAACCGAACCGCCUCCACGAGCAGCUUCAACAAGGCUACGUCGGAUUACGUCCUUCAGGCCAUCCCCAAGGAUGCGUGGACUAAGAUCUUCGCCUGGCUAGCGAUGCCGAACGCCGGGCUCAUGAUCCUGGACCCUUAUGGCGCCAAGAUCAGCAGCUUCCCCGAGUGGGUGACGCCGUUCCCGCACCGCGACGGCGUGCUGUACAACAUCCAGUACAUGAAUUUCUGGUCGGCCACCACCAAUGGAGGUGGAUCGAACCAAGCAAGGUGGCUCAAGGACUUUUAUGCGUUCAUGGAACCGUACGUCAGCAAGAACCCAAGGCAGGCGUACGUGAACUACAGGGACCUUGACCUCGGCAAGAAUGUCAUUGUAGGCAACGUCUCGAGCUAUCAGGCCGGUAUGGUUUGGGGAGAGAAAUAUUACAAGGGUAACUUCAAGAGGCUGGCAAUGGUCAAGGGCACGGUGGAUCCGGAAGAUUAUUUCAGGAACGAGCAGAGCAUCCCUCCACUCGUGGCGAGCCAGUGACGAGGAUAUGCUGUGUGGUCACUCAUCUUCAUGUUUAGAUGGCUGGUGGUCUUUUCCCGUCUAUUUUUGUUUACAUUGUGUUAUAUGUUAGCGCAGGCAAGAUAAAGCUUACAAAACAUCUGCUCGAUGUAACAAAAUAUCCAAUUUGACAAACUAUAUUGUGGUCAUCGUCAAUUUUGUACACCACCGUCCAGUCCAACUCCCGCUGGUAACAAAUAAACCGAGAUGGCUUUUUCAGUG